AGUAGCUGGAAGAACCUGGUAGUAGAAGAUGUAGUUGGGCACAAGGCAAGACAUCUGCUUGCUGAUCUUAAUGAGUGUUAAUAUAUUUAAUUAUAGAUUCUCGGCACUGUGGGACAUGUUGCAGCUGUUUUGAUUCUGACCGAAUGGUCUUCCAUGCAUCUCUCGUGGUUUUGGUGAUACUGGCAACGUUCUAGGAGCACUGGUUGCAGAACAUGGGGUCUGGUAGCUCUGUAAAUGUCAACUACAAGUAUUCUCUACAGAAGUCUGAAAAUGCUUUCAAGGCAGCCGUCUUGAUCCAACGGUGGUAUCGGCGCUACGUUGCUCGGCUGGAAAUGCGCCGCCGUUGCACCUGGAGAAUCUUUCAAUCCAUCGAGUACGCUUGUGAGCAGGACCAGAUCAAGCUUCACAACUUCUUCAGUUACCUCAUGGACCACUUCACACCGAGCAGCAGCAAAGAGAGGGAUUUUAUCAGUCGCAUGUUCGUAAGUGGGGAAAGCGUCAAAGAGGCAGAGCUGGAAAAAUACUGUGACUACGAAUCCCUGGAGGUGCCAGACUCCUACACGGGACCCCGUCUCUCUUUCCCACUCCUUCCUGACCACGCGACUGCCUUGCUGGAGGCUUUCAAACAGAAACAACAGCUCCACGCUCGCUAUGUCUUAAACCUUCUGCACGAGACCAGGAAGCACCUGAAGCAGUUGCCAAACAUCAGCCAUGUCUCCACCUGCUACAGCGAGGAGGUCACGGUGUGCGGAGACCUGCAUGGACAGCUGGAUGACUUGUUCCUCAUAUUUUACAAGAAUGGCCUUCCUUCCCCUUCCAAGUCCUAUGUGUUUAACGGGGACUUUGUAGACAGAGGCAAACAGUCCCUCGAGAUCCUCGUCAUCCUCUUUACCUUCCUCUUGAUCUAUCCCAAGGAGGUUCACCUCAACCGCGGGAACCACGAGGACCACAUGGUGAACUUACGGUACGGGUUCUGUGCGGGGCUGAUCGGGAUGUCAAGGGUGUCGCUGCGAAACCUCACUGAACUUUCUUUCCCCUGUUGCUUUAGCUACGGUUUUGCCAAGGAAGUAAUGCAGAAAUACAAGGUGCAUGGGAAGAAAAUCUUGAAGAUGGUUCAGAAUGUCUUCUGCUGGCUGCCCCUGGCCACCCUGAUUGAUCAGAAAGUCCUUGUUAUACAUGGGGGCAUCUCUGACACCACCGACCUGGACAUGCUUGAGAAAAUUCAAAGGAACAAAUUUAUUUCUGUAUUAAGAGGGAAGAAAAGAAAGGAGUCGAAUGCAAAUGUGGAAACAAAGGAAAUAAACGGAGAGAGCAAAGCAGAGUCUGAGCCAGGCGAGAAAGAGGCAGCCCUCAGUUUGUGUCCGCAGCCCCGGCCAACCCAGGCUCCCAGCAUGACCAACAGGCUGGAGUUCUCCAGGUGGGUCCGGCAGACGGUGCAGGAGCAAAUCGAGUGGUGCCGCCGGCUGGUGGACAUCAGCGAGUCGGAGGACGAGGAGCUCACCUAUUCCAGCAUGGUGUCCUUGACGGAUCUGGACGGGCCAUGCUGGACUCGCCAGGAGGAGUGGAAGCAGAUUCUAGACAUCCUCUGGAGCGACCCCAUGCCUCAAGAGGGCUGCAAAGUAAAUACAGUGCGAGGUGGUGGCUGCUACUUUGGGCCUGACGUGACAGGGAAGAUCCUUGAGAAGUACAACUUGCAGUUCCUCAUCCGCUCCCACGAGUGCAAGCAAGAGGGCUUUGAGUUCUGUCACAACCGGAAGGUGCUGACCAUAUUUUCCGCUUCAAACUACUACGAGAUUGGCAGCAACAGGGGAGCCUACGUGAAGCUGGGACCAGACCUCAUUCCCCAUUUUGUUCAGUACCAAGCGAACAAGACAGCCCAUACUCUCACCAUGACCCAAAGAAUCAGCAGAGUGGAGGAGUCAGCCUUUCGAGCGCUGCGGGAGAAGCUCUUUGCUCACACCUCAGCCCUCAUCAGCGCGUUCAAGGCCUACGACACGGAUAAUACAGGACGGAUCUCGCUGAGCAACUGGGCGACAGCAGUGGAGUCAGUCCUGCGCCUGGGGCUGCCCUGGCGAAUGCUGCGGCCGCAGCUGGUGCGCAGCACGGCGGACGGCAUGCUGGAGUACAAGAGCUGGCUCGACGACUUGGCCAUGGAGCAGCGCAGCCAAGAGCACAUCCAGUCAAGCUUGCUGGAAGUCAUUUAUCGCAACAGAUCCAACCUGGAGACCAUAUUCAGGAUCAUAGACAGAGAUCAUUCAGGUCUCAUCUCAUUUGAGGAAUUCCACCAAACCUGGAAGCUGUUCAGCUCCCACAUGAACAUCGAACUCACGGACGAUGGCAUCAAUGACUUAGUUCGCAGCAUUGACUUCAAUAAGGAUGGCAACAUCGACUUCAAUGAGUUCCUAGAAGCCUUCCGCCUCGUCAAACAGUCCCAGUAGCGAGAACCUGGGGGGUUGCCAUGUCCAAUGCCUUGACUGCCUGCGAAACCAGCGGGAACGCUUCCUACCUAACCGCAGAGCACGCCUGCAGCGCGAAGCACGGAAAAGGAAGGCAGGUACCUGUAGCAUUCUUGGGCUGAGAACAGUAGCCAACAGCUGUGUUUCAUUUUGGGAAGGCAACAGUAAAAUAAACAAGCUGCAUCUCAAUUCUGACCAUUUUUAAAAAGGAGCUGUGUUUUAAGUAGAAGUUCCUGCUCGAAGGGAAGAUGCAACUUAGUUUAUCUUGUCAAUACAUGCAAUGAAAUGGUACAGGUCUGUUCAAGCGCAGUAAAAUGGAAGAUAUUUCUUGUAAGCAGUGUUCUAGCUAGGUAGCAACAGCUCGAGCACAGCUUUCCUUUUAAUAAACAGAGUUUUUCCAGACUG